UGCACACUGCCGACCUGGAGAAACUCUCCAAUGAUGAUACACUGAAGGUUGCGAGAGGUCUAGAAAAAUCAGCAGAAUCCAUGAAGAUGAUGGUGGAAAAUGACAAAACUGGUAGUACCCAAGUGAGCAACAUCAAUACGGCAUCUGCAACCAUUUUCACAGGUAUGGCAAUCCUGAUGGAGUCUACUUCAACCUCUGACUUGGAUGUUGAAGGGUCCAACUUACAAGAGACAACUGAACUUAACAAUAAAACAGUCGGCACAGCUUUCAAGGCCAUCAGCAAUGUGCUUCACAUGUACGACACCCUGAUGGCAGCUGAUGGGGCCGGGAGUGCCUCACUUGAGAUGUCAUCGCUUCAUGCCAAGGUCCAGAAGGAGCCUUGUCAAGUUGGCCAGAAGAAGGUGUUCACAGUCAAUGACGUCCUCUUUGUAGUCCCAGCAUUCAACCUCCUCAGCAACAGUUGUGAGGAUAGCUUUGAAGUGGAGGUAAUCAACUCGGACUUCAACCCUUUCCGGUACGCGGGAAACUCCCCUGACGUAGAUUCGGAGGUGGCAGGCCUGACAGUGUGGCAGGGAUGGGACAGACGCCCGGUGCACGACCUCCCAGAACCUGUGGACAUGAUCAUCCCCAGGGACAAACAGCGCACAACAAGUUCUGUGUUCAAGUACACAGGCAGGGUCAGCAGCAGGGAUGACAUCCUUAGGACCAUGACUGCACUCACCAUCCUACUCAACAUCAACAGCACCAGACAGCCAGACCUGGACCCGCCACACAUGCAGCUGGUGUGGCAGAGAGCAUCCCCGCCGACUGCGAACAGCUUUAAAGCUGCCAGCUGGACAGCUGUGCUACCUGUUCCACAGGACCAGCUGUAUACACUACAGCUGCAGCACACAUACAACAAUACAAUCCUAACAUCCCACCCGUACUCCUGGCUUCUGCCACCCGAAGCUCUGAAUCUUACGGAGUCGGACUUACAAAACAACACAACUUUCUUCUUAGGUGUGAAGUAUGCUGGAGAGGACACCAGUAUCACUGUGUCUAUAUUGGAAAGUGCAUGUGUCUACUUUGGAGAAGACUCAUCCCACCAAUGGGAAGAUGACGGUUGCGAGGUGGGCCCACUUUCCAACAUGACACACCUCCACUGCCGCUGUGACCACCUGACCAAGUUUGCCGGGUUUGUCCCGCCCAAUCCUAUAGACUUCACGCCAAGUGGAAACAUUUUGGAGAACCCGAUAGGACUCAUCUUAGUCCUGACUGUGUUUGGUCUGUUCCUGAUCGGAUAUCUGAUGGCGAGAAAGGCAGACAGACUGGACCUGACUAAGGUGGGUGUGACCACACCAACCUGUCAUACAUUGAACCCUGACCCUGACUGUCGUUACAUAAUCACCGUCUACACUGGCUUUCGCUUGGAUGCCGGUACCACUGCACAGGUUUCCAUCACUGUGUUUGGUUUCCGUGAUGAGAGCCAGCCCCUGGCCCUGCAGGACGGCCGCCGUCAGCUGUUCCAGGGCGGCAGUGUGGACUCCUUCCUGGUGUCCUGUGAGAACCCCCUGGGACCACUCACACACAUCCAUGUCUGGCACGACAACUCCGGCCACAGCCCAGCAUGGUACCUGAGUAAGGUGGUGAUUCAACAUGUGACCUCAGGACAGCUUGACUAUUUCAUCUGUAACAAGUGGCUAGCUCUAGAUGAAGAUGACGGCAGAAUCGACCGUAUGGUCUUUGUUGCCUCCCCAGACGAGAUGGCAGCCAUCUCCAACCUCAUUAGCGAAAGGGCUGCAAAGGACUUCCAUGACGGCCACCUGUUCUUCUCCGUGGUUGGUCGUCCUGCCCGCAGUGCCUUCACCCGCACCCAGCGGCUGUCAUGCUGUCUGUCUGCGGUGUACAGCACCAUGCUGACCAACAUCAUGUUCUUUGGGCAGGGGGACAACUUUGACCCCCCGCAGCCCAUCCGCAUCAUGGGAGUGGAGAUAGAACCUCCAGUGUCCCUUCCACAGAUCAUGAUUGCAGUCCAGAGUGCAGUCGUCAUUGUCCCCCUCAACGCCCUGAUUGUACUGCUCUACAGGAACGCUGCUCCCAAACCAAGCAGCAAACCAGUCAGAAAACAUGCUGAGGACACAAAAGCUGGACUGCUGGUGUUCGCUGUCAGUUUUGUGGCUGCGUACUUCACGGUCCUGUACACGCUGAAUUUUGGGCGUGAGAAGGCGGAGGCGUGGUUUACUGCCUUCAUCACGUCCUUCUUCACAGACCUGAUCCUGAUCCAGCCAGUCAAGGUGCUGACUCUCGCUGUCGUCCUGGGGUUACUCAUCCGGAAACCUACAACAGAAGAUGACCCACCGCCUACAGAAGUGGCAGGUGAUGAAGAGUACCUACAGGCUGUGGUUGAACAGCCCACUGCUGAAGUGGGUGCUCCAGCCCCCCUGGCUGGUGAAACCCUGACCAGAGACAGAGCUAACCGUGUCAGGAGGAAGAGGUGCCGCCACAUCCUGCGGGAGAUGGUGGUGUACGGCCUGUUCCUGUCUGUUCUCAUGCUCAUGUCCUACACUGAGAGGAGCAGCCUGGCCUUCUACAUGAACAACUCCAUCAGGAGUGCUCUCCAAGGCACUGACACAGUCACACAGAUAUCUGACCCUGCGUCCUACUGGACAUGGCUGGAGCAGGAUGUCCUGCCUGCUGUCCACAGCCCAGCCUGGUACAACGGGAGGCCGUGUGAGGAACACCUGACUCUGUCUGAACACCUCACACACGCCAUCUCCCCCUUACAACUACGACAAAUCCGCAUCACACAAGAACAAGACUGCACCGUUCCUGAUGCCAUGGCUCACAUUGCAGCCAGUUGUCUGGAUGAGUACACUACAAGUAGAGUGGACACAGGCAGCUACAAUGGCAGCUGGGGGGUGGCAGCAGAUCAUGACUACAGUACUGACAACAGGACCUCACCAUGGGACUACACGUAUGGGGAUAUCAAUAAUGGUUUCCUGCAUGUUGGGGAGCACGGUGUGUACCCUGGAGGUGGUUACAUCGCCACCCUGGGCAGCACGCUGAAAGACAGCCUCAAGACCCUGGCACAUCUCCGCUCCAAUGACUGGCUGGACAACCGCACCCGGGCGGUCUUCACGGAGGCGGUUCUCUACAACCCUCACGCCAACCUCUUCGCUGUGGUCACCAUGACGACAGAGUUCCACAUCACCGGGCGUGCCUCCAUGGCAACAGAGCUGGUGAUCUUCAGGAUCCACCAUGAAGGCCAGGUCCUGCUGCUGGUCCUGCGGAUGGGCCUGAUGGUCUUUCUGCUCUUCAGCCUCGUCAGAGAAGUCCUGAGGUUCAACACACACCUGUUUGCUUACCUGAAGGACCCUUGGAGCUGGCUGGAGAUGCUGAUCAUCUCCACAGGCAUGGCCGCCAUGGGGCUGUACUUCCGCGCACAGGGCAUGACAGACGAGGUGUCAGGACACCUGCGGGAGGGUCCCACCCUGUUCCACCUGUACCGAGCAGCUGCCAUGUGGUACCAGGUGUACACGUACCUGCUCGGCAUGCUCACCUGCUUCACCUUAGUCAAGUUCAUCCGUCUUCUCAAGUUCAACAAGCACGUCAAUGCACUGCUUUACACCAUGAAGAAGACAGCAAAACCGCUCAUCAGCUUCUUCGUCACAACAAGCAUCAUCUUCACAGCGUUCGCACUGUCAGCUAACCUCAUCUUGGGUAUCACCAUCCCGGGGUACAGCAGCUUGCUGGGCACGUACACAAGCCUGUUCAACAUGAUGCUGGGCUCGUUUCAGUUCACCGUUUUGGAAGAGAGCUCCCCCGUCUUUGGCCCCGCCAUCUUCCUGUCCUUUCAGUUCACCGCGCAGUUCAUCCUCCUGUCCAUGUUCAUGACUAUCAUCAUGGACGUGUACAUGGAGGUGAAGGACAGUGAACCUGAGGAUGUGGGAAUGGCUGCCUUCCUGUGGGAGGAGGUGUGUGGGGUGGUACACAAGAUUAAAUCAGCCGCAAACAGGCGUAAAACACAUCAGCCAGCUGCCAGGCAACACCCUGAGUUCACUCAGCUGGACCAGAUGCACCAACUGUUAGAGGAGCUGGACAGGGACAAGAAAUGUAGAGAAGAGAGGCAAAGAGAAGAGAGAUACAGAGAAGACAGACAGAGAAAAAACAGGGACAGAAUGGUCCUGUACUCUGAGGCUCCUGGGUUGUGGUUUGUGUGAACCUGUACAUGUACUGUUGGUAAAGAAGCUAUGUCAUAAUUUAUCACAACCAGACAAUGUAUACAAUCACAAUGUAUCAUAAACACACCAGAUAUGAGAAAUGUAUCAUAAUCAGAUACUAUUGUAUGACACCAGAUAUGAGAAAUGUAUCAUAAACAGAUGCUAUUUUAUGACACCGAUAUGAGAAAUGUAUCAUAAACAGAUACUAUUUUAUGACACCGGAUAUGACAAAUGUAUCAUAAACCGAUACUGUUUUAUAACACCGGAUAUGACAAAUGUAUCAUAAACAGAUACUAUUUUAUGAC